UUUGUGCGCCAGGUGCGAAAACUGGUUUUUGUUUGUUUGUUUGUUUUUCUCACCCUCAUCAUGCCCUCGGCUUCUAAAGCACAUGAGUCCAAAAUGGAUUUUACGGACGGAAGUUACCAGAUCAACUCGGGGGAUUUCCGGGGUGAGUGCCCACCUCCCCCCGCGCCUCGCUUGGGCAACCACAUCAUCAACACGGGCAACGGCCGCAGUGUGGGCACAACCAUUUCCUUGCGGUGCCCAACCAAACACAGGCUGGUUGGAGGCGAGCUCAAGUGCGUCAUGGAUGCCAACAUUCCCCGCUGGGUGGGGGAACUCUCCUGCAAACCUUUGUCGCUGUUCAAAGACAGUGGCUUCCGAGUGGCUGUCCUCGCGUCCAUUGUCAGCGUUGGCAUCAUACUCAUCAUGUCGAUGAUGUUCAUCACCUGCUGUAUUUUGGACUGCGUCCAAAAGAAUACGAAAAAAAAGCAGAGCAGGGAUUCAUUCAAAAUACAUUUUGAAGAUGGCAUAUCCUGCUAUAGCCUUGAAGACGGAUGCGACGCGGUCAUCCCAGAGAACCUCGGUGACAGCAGUCCUCCUCAAUGGAUUACUUAUGGUCUUGGUCAAACAAACACCCCCGUGCGCCCACAUCCUUCUGGAUUCUAUGAUAACCAACAUCCAGCCCCUCAAAAAUCUGAUCGCGUACAGGUCUUCGGUCCACCUCAUUCCGUCGCCGUUUCAUCACGUUGCAAGUGCUCAAGCUCCCGUCUGGUUCGGAUCCCCGUUGAAGAAACUGAUUUGGUUUGGCAGCCCAACACCCAGCAGCUACGUUCAACACAAACGAAUGCUUGAAUCUCAAAAAAAUGUCGAUAACGUCAACAAGGCGGGAAUACAGUAACCCCUGGGACCAAGCACAAGGAUAAUGGCCACUGUGUCGAAAAAUGUUCUAAUCCAGAGGACCUAUAUUUUAUUUAUAUAUCACACAAACGUAGCUAAUAAUUCAUAAAAAUGUUUUUUUUAAACUUCUCAACACAUCGGAAAUGAAAUUAAUUAGUGCCGAAGUGCACAUUUUCUUUGUAAUCCGAAUGCCUCCGAUGUCUGUUUCAAACCGAGGCUCUGUUGAAGUUGCUUCCGUGCGACGUCACGCCAAGACAACACCAGUACAGAAAUGGCUUCAUAUCCAAAAGACAUUCCGCGAGUGGGAUCUCGAGGAGAUAGACAGCAGUGAUGAAGACCUUUUUAUGGAAUGCUCUGUGGAAGCGAGAGGAACUUCCCCUGUUCGAUAACCAUUGCAGCAGAUGACGAAUGCAACACAAGGACGGGAUUCGGCGAGACCUGACGAACUUGACGUGGAACUUCGUUUAAACGUCUAAUGUCUGAUGCUGCUUGGACACAACAGUGAGUCGUUUGUUGCUGUCGUACUCGCGGCUGCGUCGGCGUAAAACAAAAAUCAAAACCUUUGGUAUCGUUCUGCGUUUAAAGAUUGAGGUCGUAUUUUAAAUAAUGCACCUAACACUUGAGAGCGCACACCGCCGUAGUCGGAUUUCAGGAAGACCUCGCCGUCAACAGUACACUAACUCUAUACGGUGUCCAAAUUUCGUCACCUUCUAAACAUCACAUGGAUACGGAUAUUAGCUGACAUAUAUAUCUGUAUCGCUCUUGUACUUACGUUUAAAAUGAGGUAAAUACUAAACAAUUGAACACGUACGUACUUACUUGCUACCGAAGCCAAGUGAUCGCUGUACCGGGUUUUCUAAGCAGUCCUCCGUGAAAUGCUCGGACCAUAUUACUGUCCACUUUGAUUUGCAAGUCCAUUUUGUCUUCACAAACCUGGUCCAUAACCUGCACAUCUGUUCAUCUUUCGCCCAAUCAUGUACCAUCAACGUUUGACGCAGAGUAGCCGUAUAAAACACACUUCCUCGAUCAUCUUUGCUAGCUUUUUCACACCAAAUUUUAUCAUGACGUGACGUUACAUUCCAGGGAGUUACGAAACUUGCCGAAUCUGGGUGACAUUUCAAACAAAAUCAUGAGACUGACUUUGACGGUAAUUUAUUUCAUUUCUGUUGAGAAUUUUUACAAAUAUUUCUUCAUGAAAUUUUAGCUACAUUUUUAUGAUAGACAAAAUACAUUUCCUCCGGAUUAGAUCUUUAAAAUUGCCCAUAUUGUUUUAACCCCGGACUACGAUCCCAUAAAGCUCUUCGCGCAUGACCCUUAAAAACAAAUUGGUUAGAUUGAUGAUUGAAAUUUUGUACAAGUACGCUGAAUUUCUGAAAGGCAUUUAUUGUAAACGACACAAUUUUGAGUUAGGCAUUUACGAUACCUUACAUUGAGCAGCUAGCCAAAGUUCCUGCGCACGUUCCUCUCCAUCUCGAUUAGCUCACCACCGGGUCCACGCCGCUUUCUCCAGGGUCAGCCGCACAAGCCGCCUCCACAGACUGUCGGACCUCAAAUGGACUUUUUGUCACUGCUGUUUGCUAUCAAGACUGCCAGUCUUGAGUUGGUGGCCGAUCCUAGCUACUUCUCCAAACACUCAGUUGAUCAAAGGGUUGUGGGCGUGAAUACGGGCUGAUGUGCACCCUGAACUGGUCGCCAGCCAACCACAUGGCACACACAAACAAUCAAUCAUCCCCGUUCACAAUCACAUUCGUCUUAAAUCAACCUACCAUGCAUUACUUUUAGAAUUUGAGAGAAAACACACGCAGGCACGGUGAGAGGAUGCAAACUCAACACAGCUGGAGCCAGGAUUUGAACCCAAGUCCUCAGAAACGUAAGAAACUUGUUGACCAGUUGGUCACUGCGCCGACUAUGUGCUGAAAAACAAAGGCCUCAAAAGAUUCAGGCCUUUGACAUCUUACACAACUUUUAUCAGGAGUAGUUCCUAUAAACAGAAAUGUCUUGUUCUUCGUUCUUGUUGAUUUGUACUUUGUUUUGAAUGUCCGACAGCCGGAGAAAAAUCCCUUUUUACACACUUGGCCAAUAAAGCAGAUUCUGAGAAAAAAAAAAUCAUUUCAGGGCAAGGAUUUCAGUUCUGAGAGUAUCGGUGUGGAAUAAUGGCAGAGUGAAGUGGUUUUUGCCGCACUCAUAAAUGUGGGACUCUCGUCCUUUUUGUCCUUUGUCAAUAUUUGGAAAAUAUAUACAAAAAUCACAAUUUCAUCCAAAGCAUUUCGAAAUGUGCAAGGACCCAUUUUCAUCUUAGAAAAACCUCUACUGUAAUUUCAAGAGGCUUUUGUUGACUUUUGUAUCCACUGUAGCCUCCCUUCACCUCCUUUUCUUGAUAAUUGUAUAACUGUGUUGUGCUAAUAGAAAUAAUACAUAAAUUACUUUUUUAUUGAGUUUUUUGCAAUGGGUAACGUUUUAUUGGCUUGAGCACCUUCCCUCAAAAAUGUCUGUGCACAUGCCUGCACGCAGAACGAUCCCAUAGUAAAUACAGGAAACAUCAAUAUCUUACUCUAAACUGCACAACUCUUUCUUGAUAAUUGUAUUACUGUGUUGUACUAAUAGAAAUACAUAAAUUACUUUUUUAUUGAGUUUUUUGCAAUGGGUAACUUUUUAUUGGCUUGAGCAC